GCGGCGGCAGUCCGCGGAAACCCAUCGUCCUCGAAGCGCUCGUCUGACACGCAUUAUGUGCUCGAUGCCAGGAUUUUCGUCGCAGCUGGCCGGAUGACAACGACGUAACAUCAUGGCGGAUAACGAUAAGAAGCCGAUGUCACGUUUAAUGAAACUCGCCAACAAGUUUAACUGCUUCUACCUGUCAGGUUUACAUGCAGGAGAAUGCAGGGCUUUUGUUGUCGAUGGACAACAAGUUGGACUUGUUCGUCCAGAUGUUAUGAAAGAGAUAUUAAAUCACCCUCAAGUAUUUCAAGUGAAUCCUGAAUAUGUGCAAUUAAAUCCAGCCUUUCGGGAUUACACUGAAAGAAGUGCACGUGUUGAUGAGGUAUUGAGAGAAUGGAUGGCAGGUGGGAAAUUUGUAACGUUGCGAGGUUGGAGGGAGGAAUGCUAUGAAGUGCGUGCACAAUUUAAUACACAACCAUUGUUUAAGAUGGACCGGUCGGCUACAUGUUUAUUUGGAAUUCGGAAGUAUGGGGUGGAUAUAAACGGCUAUGUAAUGGAUCCUAUUAAAGGCCUGUCAAUAUGGUUACAAAAGCGUAGUCCGAACAAACAGACAUGGCCCGCAUACUGGGAUAGUAUGGUGAGCGGUGGAUUGAGUGUUGGUUAUGGUAUAAAUGAGACCGCGAUAAAAGAGGCCGGCGAAGAAGCUGGAAUUCCAAAUCAUCUUAUCGCCAAGCUUAAGAGCGCUGGGUGUGUGUCGUUCUUCUUUGAAAGUGAGAGGGGCCUGUUUCCCAACACAGAAUUUGUAUAUGAUCUUGAACUGCCGCCUGACUUUGUACCAAACAAUAGUGAUGGAGAAGUUGAGACCUUCGAAUUACUCCCAGUUAGUGAAUGCUUAGAGAGGAUACUUUCCCCACAUUUCAAAACCACUUCUGUACCAGUUGCCCUUGACUUCUUAAUUAGACAUGGAUACAUUACAGCAGAGAAUGAGCCUAACUUUAUACAGAUUGUGGAGUUACUUCAUGUACCUCUGCAAACUAUGUACAAUCAUCGACACAAAGCUAGUAAUAGAAUGGCUAAUGGCGAAGCAAUCGAAGCUUUAGAAAAAGUUUAAGGUUUCGUUAAGACUUUUAAUUUAUACUGUGCUAAUGGCUAUGAAUUGAAUGAAAUGAAUGAGGUUCCUUUUCUAUGUUUCUUCGUUGAACAAGUAUUGAGAAAUCUCGUAUUAUACACAGCUGUACACAUGUAAGACUUAAGAAACUUUUUAUAAUUUAUAAAAAUUAUAAUUUAUAAAGAGAACUAUGGAUUUAUGGAUAAAAAAACAUUUCUGUUAUCGUUGGUCAUAUUUCUGCAUUUAUUUUAACAUUGUUUUACAUAUCUUAUAUUAACAACGAAAAAAAGAGAAACUCAAUACGCUUUAUUAACUGCAUCAAUAAUAACAUGUUUAUGACAAUUUUAUAACGUUUUUCUCUUAUCUAUACAAGUUUGUGUGAUUCAAAGCAAAAAAAAAAAAUUAAAAAGUUUUUACAAAUCUUUUGUAUGACGCAGUAAAGUGUUAACUAGUAACAUUGUUUGACUCUAAAUUUUACAGAUAAUUUCUUCCAUCUACACAUUUCUUUCUAUCACAAGAUGAGUUUUAACUAAUUACACUAUAUUGAGACAUUUUUCAGCUUAACCUGCCAUUAUUUAGCACAAUGAAAUCAUAUACCAAUUAUAUUAAUAUCGUGCUUGUCAACUGAACAGAUGCAUCGUAAUAAAUGACGUUGAAUAAAAUUGACUUAUACAUUUAAAGUUAAAACAAAGUAUUAUGGACGCAGCAUUCCAGAGAAUAAGUUUAUCGAUAAGCUUGCGUUUAAGGACUGAAAAGAGUAAAAGAUUUUUAAAAAAAUAAUUAUUAAUACCUUCAUAUAUAUAUUGAAACUUGCAGCACAGCUUCAAUGGGAGACAGUCUGCAUAACACUAAGAUCACAUUUACAGUAUUAUAAGAACUAUAUCAUGUACUUUUCUAAUAGGUCAAAAAAUUUACAGUCUGAUCAUGUGCUGACUUUGUGUUCAAGUGAAUUUUACUAACUUAAUCAUUUUUUCAGCAUCUUUCUUUAUUAGUGAUUUUUUAAAGGAAGAUUGAAAGCAUUUAUAUUAUUUAUUGUAAGCUGAUGUUUUACAAAUUUAAUUAAACAUUAAGUACUUCCACAUAUGAAAAUUUAAAUAUGAUAUUUGUAUAUGAUUAAUACGUCAGUGACUGUACAAGUGAGAAGCACAAAAGCUUAAUAAUUAUUGUAUUACUACAUUUUUAUUCUUAAUGAAUAAUAUUUUUAAUAGAUUAUAUUUUUAUUUUAAAUAAGAUUAAUAUUAAUAUAAAUAAUUACAGUGUAUUACGUUCUCAUGGAUAUUCGAAGAUAAAUAGAUAAUGUUUCGAUAUUAUUACAUAUGAGUAUAUAAUAUUUUAGCUGUAUAUAAUAUUUAUUUAUGAUUUUCAUCUCUGCUUUUACAAUGGCAGUUUAUCGAGUUGUAUAUUGCAUUAAUACGUAUUAUAUUAUCGCUUUAUAUUGAUGAAUUGCGAAGAUUAUCAUUAACUAUUUGUUAUUAACACCUUCAUGUGAUAUUUUACAUCGUGUUUUAAAAAAUUGUUAUAUAUAUAUAUUAUAUAUUAUACCUCAUAAAAAAAAGAGCAUACAUACUUAUUCAUAUAAUUAAUCUGUUAAUAUUCGUGUUAAAUUCAUUAUUACAAAAAUCGCAUUACAUAUUAUGAGUGUGAAAUCCAAUCUCAUAUAUUUGUUAUAAAAAUAUCAGUUAUGGUAAAAUAUAUAUUAAUCUCAUAAGUAAAUUAUCGUAUUUCUGCACAAGAAAGAAGUACGUGAACAUCUGUAUCAUGCCAAAAAACUGGAGGUUACAAAUAUCUGGUUCAAGAAAUAUCGGUUUUGGAUAUUUAAAACUUUUGUAAAAUAUUAAAUAUUUUGUAGAAUAAUUUAAAUAGUAUAAUUGAAUCUGAUUGAAUUUCAAGUAGAAUCUUUUCAAGUAUAGUUUUCCGUAAUCUCUCUUGCAUAUAUGCCGAUGAAUUGACAUUGCGAUAAUUAUAGAAUUGUUAGUUUAACAAGUUUUUGCAGUCAAACCUUAUAAGAAUUAACCGAACUGUGUAGUAGAUUUCAUAAGUUUAAUACUUUUGUAAUGAUGAUAAUGUAACAAUAUACUAGUCACGCUCAUCUUUAUCACUCUCUUUCUCUUUUUCUUUCUCUGUCUUGUAACAUUAAUCUGGUCAUCAGACACAAUGUUGUGAUACAUUUACUUUAAGUAAGAUUUUGUUUCCUACUAUGAUUCAGUUUUGUGAUAGGGAUGGAUAGGACUGGUUAUAUGUUUAUUGCAUGAAUAAAAUAGUAUUACAUUACAUGA